AUGUCGGUCCGGGAAGCAAGUCACGCCGGGUCCUGGUACUCCGACAGCAAGAGCCAGCUAUCCAAACAGCUAGACCAGUGGCUGGACGCUGUACCCGCCAGCACCCAUGGCAUCAGGCCUGGCUCCCAAGGCGACACGGUUCAGCUACCCUCUUCGGGUGCUAGAGUAAUCAUCGCCCCGCAUGCGGGAUACGCUUACUCUGGCCCUGCUGCUGCGUGGGCCUACAAGGCGUUGGACCUAUCCAAGGCUAAGCGCGUAUUCCUCCUCGGUCCAUCUCACCACGUCUAUCUCUCGGGCUGUGCCCUGACGCAGUGUGAUGAGUACGAGACUCCGCUGGGCAACCUGAAGAUUGACAGGGCUACCGUUGCGGAGCUCCACAAGGCCGGAAAAUUCGACAAAAUGUCACAGUCGGUCGACGAAGACGAGCAUAGUCUCGAGAUGCAUCUGCCCUACAUCUACAAGACCCUUUCUCGACAGUUCUCUGAUCCUUCGGAUUUCCCGCCUCUGGUACCGAUCCUCGUGGGCGCCACUUCCGCCUCCACAGAGCGCCGUUUCGGCGAGAUCAUUGCGCCGUACCUUGCAGACCCGACGUCCGUCUUUGUGAUAUCGUCGGAUUUCUGCCAUUGGGGCUCGCGCUUCCGAUACACGUACUACGAAGUUGCUCCUGGCCAGGCACGUGCUCUGAAGUCUAGCGAAAAGGCGCCCUCAGACCCAGCAAUUCACGAGAGCAUCGCCAACGUCGAUGGCUACUGCAUGGAUGCUGUCGAGUCUAAGAGCCACCAGAAGUUUCUUGAUAUUUUAGAAGAGACUGGAAACACUGUCUGUGGGAGGCAUCCCAUUGGGGUAGUCAUGGCUGCCAUCGAGUCAUUGUCUCUGCAAGAAGGCCAGGGCAAGUUUACGUUUGUCCGGUACGAGAGGAGCAGCGACUGUGUCAGUCCGAAGGACAGCUCGGUAAGCUACUGCAGCGCAGUUGCGGUCUGCUAG